AUGCAUUGCCGUAGAGUAGGUGAGAUCACCAAGUUGGCUGUGGAGACCCUGACAGUGCCCCCGUCUGAGACUCAGAGCAGCAGUGUCUGGCUGAUUGUGGGGGUGGUGGUGCCUGUCCUGCUGGCUAUCUUCAUCAUCAUCAUCCUCUACUGGAAACUGUGCGGCUCGGAGAAGCUGGAGUUCCAGCCUGAUGCCAUCAACACCAUCCAGCAGAGACAGAAGCUCCAGGCUCCCAGUGUGAAAGGGUUUGACUUUGCCAAGCUCCACCUGGGGCAGCACAGUAAGGAUGACAUCAUGGUGAUYCAGGAGCCUGGUUCCCUCCCUGUGCCCAUCAAAGAGGCCACCCCCUCUGAGGGAGGGGAUCUCAACACUCCCAAAUCCAAGGGCUCCUCCACCAAGGCUGCCCGCGCUAACCGCCGUAGGGGAAGACUKUCCCCGUCAGAUGGUGACUCGUUAGGUAGCGACCAAUCGAGUGGCAGGGAGUCUGCAGAGGAGACCACCAGAUAUGUGGGCACGCCCCACGAGGGGAAACCGCACCGAAACAAAACGCCCAAGAAUGUCCCUCCCACAGGCAGUGGUCCAGAUGAGCUGCUCUCCUCUUCCUCCAUCUUCGACCACGUGGACCGUCUGUCCCGAGGCUCGUCUGACGGCAGGGCUCGCCAGGCCAACAAGGUCCAGCUGAUUGCCAUGCAGCCCCGGCCCAGCCCACCACAACACUCACACAGCCCCACCAUCACAGAGAGGGUCAGCGCAGAGGUGGCUCUGAGACAUAAGUCGGAGAUCGAGCACCACAGGAACAAGCUGCGUCAGCGGGCUAAGAGGCGGGGCCAGUGUGAGUUCCCCUCUAUGGAUGACAUCCUGGAUGCCUUCGGGCAGGCGCAGGAGGAGGCGGGGCAGGGAGGGUGUCCACAGCGCCUCUACAGCUCAGCCCAUGACCACAUGGACAGCAUCYUGCACACCGACCCCCCCUCRCCCCCYACCCCAGGGGAAUCCAGGAAGAGGGGGAGGCGCUCUCCUCGGGGCCGGCGGAGGCAGCAGGGGAACGGCAGUCUGCCAGACACAGACAGACUGACGGACAGAGACCGCCUGCUCACAGACCACAGCGCCACCUACAGGAAAUACCCUGGACUCAACAAUGUGGCCUACAUGUCCGACCCGGACCUACCUCCAGACCACGGCAGCCCCUCCCCUAACGAYGAGGUGUUUGACCACGCYCCUCCCCCGCCCCCCUACGUGCCUCCCCAGCCGUCCAUCGAGGAGGCGCGGCAACAGAUGCACUCCCUAUUGGACGAUGCCUUCGCCCUGGUGUCGCCCUCCUCCCAGGGCAGCGUCAGUGUUGGGGUCACGCAGGUCAGCCCCGCACUGCCAAGCCCCUCUCCCUCCCCACAGACACACCCAUCACGCCAGUGGGGUUCCUACCCCGCAGCCCCCACACACAGCCCCUUCUCUGCGAGGUAUGCAGAGUUGGGGAUGUCUCCCUCGUCAAUACAAGGCCUGUUGCAGAGGCAGGGCCUGGGUUCAGGGGCCUAUGUUGCUGCAGAGGAGCAGUUGCAGGAUUCUGUCUACGCCAACAGGGGGCAGUAUGAAGAGCCUCCCUCCUCCUCCAGACCUCGGCCUGUUGGGGGAAGCACAGGUGCUCAGCUGCAUCACCUGACUCAGGUGGGCUUGUCGAGCCGGAUCAGUGCGUACCCUGGGGUGGGCCGCAGCGUCUCUGGGCCAACAGGCUCCAGCUGGAACCAGCAGCCUUUAGACCAGGACCUCUCCAGACCCGGAGCCAGCAGGGAGACUGUGCUGUCGUUCCCUGAGUUCUCCUCCUCCGGUGUGUUUCAGAUGCCCAGCUCCUCUCUGGGAGACCAUUCUGYCCCCCCAAUGCUCCUGGCCCCUCCCACUCCAGAGUUCCCCCUAGACGAGUCCUCCCCCUCAGCCCAAAGCUCCGCCUCCCUCAUCAAGGCCAUCAGGGAGGAGCUACGACGGCUCGCCCAGAAACAGGUUGCUGUGGCCAGYAGUUACUCCUAGACCAGUGGGAGCCCCUACCCCAUAACUGGUCAAAACUACUGGCUCUAAACUGGUCCGACCAGUUUGAACUACUCAUCCUAAGCAAGUAUGGACCGACCGGAACCACUACCCCAAACUAGUUUGAAACAGUCAGAACCACUUUYCCUAAACUGGUUUAAAGAGGGUCAUACUACUAUUCAUAAGCUGGUCUGAACAAGACUGAGCCAGUCUGCAACAGAUACGAUUUCCUUACAACAAUAACAUCACGGUUCUUUACAGGGUUCUUCUCUCUGUAAAGGUUCCUCGUUCUACAGCACAGUGUUUCCACUGGACAGGAGGAUCGAGUUUGUUUUCUUCAGAGUUCCAUAGAAAUGCUUCCGUGAGAGGGGCCGUCUCUGCCCUCCCUGACCUAAUGUAUGUGGUGCUAAUCCUCAGCCUAAUGUCUCCUGUCAUUAAGUUAACCACGCAUUGCCUUCAACACACGUUCAUCAUCAGCCAGAUUGGUGAGGUCUUCUCCAUUCAUCAGCCAUAUUGGUGAGGUCUUGCACUGUAGAGAGAGUUGGAGUAUAGUAUACUUUGGGCACGGGGGACUUGAAUAUACAGAUGAAAAAAGUAUAUAAAAUGAAAAUAGUAGAUAUAAAAAUCCUAAAUGAGCACAAUAUGAAUUAAUAAGGGUGACCAAUGGAGUAUUAAAAUUGUAUUUAUUUUUUAUUGCUCUGAAARUAUACUUUAAAUCCUUUAUUUAGUUCAAAAGAAGACGAAAAAAUACCAAAACUGUUUGGAUGUUCUAUAGCUGUAUUCUCCCUGUGUUUGCGCUCUCUGUUGCCGUGGAGCUGAUCAUAACGUUGUUUAUCGCAGUGGAGACGUCGCUUAGCAUAGUCGCUCCCUGCUCGUGUGUUCAUGUGUUGACGGUACAAAAAUGAAGAAGAAAAAACAUGGAUUUGCAGAUAUAAUGUAUAUAUAGCUCUUUUCAGUAGGUGUCAAAAGACUUGACACGGGGCAAACCUAUCCCAUCCACCACCAAUGUGACCUUCUGCGGCAGAACAAAGGCAUUUAUCUGKGAUGACGAUUGACUCUGUCAAAUUGUGAUAGUGUUUCUCUUGUGAAAAUUCAAGAUUGAAAUAGGAAUGAUUUUAUACAAUGGUAUGAACAUCGACAAACGUGUUGCAAAGGUGAUUUGAAUUUGGGAAUUUUGAUGGAGUGGUUUAUAGCGAGUGAAAAACACCAUGUCCAAUUUCCUCCAAAUAGAUUCCUUUCUUCAUCUCCUUUCCUUGGUCAGCUCUUAUCCAAAUGGAUGUAAAGGGGAACCUCUCGAAGGAGGUGGAUCUAGGAAACAAAGCUAUUUAGGACAAAUGGACAUACUAUACUGUAGUAGUUGGCGGGUUUGGUGGUGGUUAUGAAGUGCUCUUUGUCUCCAUCUGCUGGUAGUAUGGCUGCAUGGCUGGCUUCCAUCUCCGCUUCAGGCUGUUUUCUCUGUGGUCUUAUUGUAUUGGGUUUGGUCAAUGGUCAGUAAUGUGUGGGUUUGUGCAGGCGAGAGAAGGUUUGCCCAUACAGCUCUGUGSUCUAGCUAUCUACAGCAUGUUGACUACGUUUGAGGCUUCGGCUAGCUAGCUAUUAGUGAUGUGACAGUUAAUUGUUGUCUUCUCUCAGGCAUGCUGCUAAAAUAAGAACAACAUUUUUUUAAACAAAAGUUAAACUGAAGAGUUGUAACACAAGUAAAGAGUGAGAAGUGCCAUCCAAACAUGAUCCAUCCAAGCACAUAAUACAUCAUGAUAAUCAAGCAGUAGAAAAUAUACACUAUGUUGGUGUUAUUCUGUUAUUCUCUUGUUUUGCCUUUUCUAAUAAUAUUUUUGAACCAAAAUGAAAAUUGAUAACAAUAGAUAUAGUAUAUAAAAGAAAAUAAAUAUAAGCGUAAAAUAUGUCAAACUAUUUUAUCUGUGAUUGCUCAAUUAUAUGGACAACCGUCCAACAGAAGGACUAACACAUCAUCUUCCCUGUGGACCAAUCCUGAUUCAGAACUCUUCAUCUGCUGGGACUUAUAACCUUCCUGAUUGGACCUAGUACAUGUCAAUAAGGCUGUGGGAUUAUACAGAGAGUGGAGUCACAGAGAUGUGUGYGCGUGGACGACAAACCGAUUCACCUGGUGCUACUAAGUAACUUACAGUAACAGACCCCUCACUCCCUCUGUACAGGGGGUUGGAGUGUGUUGAUGUCUCCUCAGUCUAACAGCAUCUCACACAUAGCCUGUACAGACAUGGGGAGCACAGACACACACUGAUGUUGAUUGAUAUUCCUAUCUAAAAAGAUAGGAUUCUCUUGUCACUUCAAGCUCUGGACUUUGAGUAGCUGCGGCGUCUCAUGAAUGUUUCAUAGAUCUGUGUUUUAUAGAUCUGCGUUUCAUAGUUCUGUGUUUUCUAGAUCUGUGAUUUCCUGUGUGUGUCUCCAGAGUGUCGGAGCAGGUGUGUUGUUGGCCCUGAUAUCAUACCCCUAUACUCUGUCCCCAGAGGGUAUGUGUUUUGUUUACUUUUGAGACUGGGGCGGGCUCAUCUAUAGGCCACACCAUGGGGGCGUAUCUUUGACAGCGUAGUAGACGCUCAGGGGUAUUAAAUGUCAGACAAGGGUGGGGUUCCUGCCCGACUAGAUCCACAGACAUUGCAUUGCGUCAACCAAUGGUCGCAUGCCACAUCAUCGACUGCUCAGUCAAAAUCACAUGUUGUGGUUAACUGGUAUGUUAAACACCUAUCCAGCUGUUGUGAGGUCUGGCAUGUGUCUGCAAUGUUGUCGGGCAGGACCACCAAUACCUGUUUUACAGCUCUCUCACCUUCCCACUCUUCAUACCUCUCUCCUUCUGAGCUGCAUCCCUGUGAUGUAUUGAAUCUGAAUGAUAUGUAAAUCAAACAUUAAAGAAACGUGUUUAAACUCA